GCAUAUAUACUGUCUUGGUUUGGACAAAUGACAUUUGAGCAAUGCCAAUGCACUUCAAUCAUGACGUCACCUACCUUUCCUGCAAUCCUUUCAACUCGCCUCUUUAUUCUCUCUCUCUCUCUCUCUCUCGACUAAUUAAUGGGGAUCGCCACUCCACCUACUAGGUUUGUUUUCUUUUCCUUUUGUGGUUUGUAGUAAUUUGUUGAGAUGAAGGGAAAGAAAAUGGAGAGGAGAAGAAGAACUAGGAGUCAGUGGGAUGAAUAUUACAAACAGUGUCAUGAGGAGUUGAAGAGGGAGAAAGAACAACACAGUGGUGGCAGUGGGAGAGGCAUAUGUGCUCAGCUCACUGAUGAUGCAGAGCCUCAUAGUUGUAGUAUUGAAAUCUUGAGGAAUGCUGGUGGAGUUGAGACGUUAAGUAAGAGCGGUGAGGAUGAUCCCAUUGAGAUUUCGAGUAGUGAUGAUAAUGAUGAUGAUGGAGUUGGGACGUUCAGUAAGAGCAGUGAAGAGACUUCGAGUAGUGCUGAUGAUGGUGGUGGUGGUGGUGGUGGUGGUGGUGACGACGAUGAUGAGGAUGAUGAUUAUGAUGAUGAGGAUUAUGAUGAUGAGGAUUAUGAGAGGGGAGAAGGCAAGACAAGUGGUGACACUCAUGGAGAGAGUGAGAGGAUGAGAGAGAGUGGAACCAAGCUAGGAGAAGAAAAGGACGGCGAAAUUGAUCAAAAAAGGUGUAAUGAGCAUGAAACAGAUAGUGAAAUAUCCAUAGGAAAUGUCAAUGAGAAGCUCUUCAGGUAUAGGAAGACCAGGAGAAGGAUGAACAUGGAGAGAGAAGGUGAAGCUGACCUUGAAACAGAUGAUGAGAGGGAGAGGGAGAGGGAAAGGGAGAAGGAGAAGGUGAAAGAGAAGCUUCCCAAAAUUGACAAGAAUAAGUGUACUUCUACAGAUAGUGGUGGAGAAAAGGAUGGUGAGAUUGAGCAAACAAGGUCUAAUGAGCAUGAACCAGAUUGUGAAAUACUCACAGGAAAUGUCAAUGAGAAGCCCUUAAGGAGUAGGAAGAUAAGGAGAAGGAUGACUAUGGAGAGAGAAGGUGGAACUGGCCUAGAAACAGAUGAUGAGAGGGAGAGGGAGAAGGAGAAGACAAGGAGAAGGAUGACUACGGACAGAGAAGGUGGAGCUGGCCUAGAAACAGAUGAUGAGAGGGAGAGGGAAAAGGAAAAGGAAAAGGAAAAGGAGAAGGAGAAGGAGAAGGUGAAUGAUGAGGACGAGUGUUUCUAUACACGGAUGAAGAUGAAGGGUCAACACUGCUCGGUGGAGAAGAUAAUGUUGGGCAAGAGAAGGUCUCAUUCUCCAAGAGAUCUCGACUUCAUCAAGAUUUUGGUCGACUCCAUGAAUGCAUUCAAGGACAAACAAUAUAACAUCGACGAGAAUGCUCUGCCUGAAAAUGCCCUUCCUCUAAGGUUCAGAUUCGAGGACGAGGUGAUGCCUCCCCCGGAGAAAUCAGAAUGGGAGGAGCACAUAGAUUCACUCUUUCGUGAUUUAGAGUUGGGAUGGCGUGAAAUUGAAGCUGAUUGUGCUCAUCUUUAUACAAUGGAAAAGGAUGAUCUGAAGACCACCGAGGAGAUUGAUGAAAGCCCAGCAGCAUGUUGCCGCCGUGGGAAUCAUCAUGCUAUUCUUGAUGAGCAGAUAGGGAUUGUUUGCAAAUACUGUCAUACUGUGAUCAUGGACAUAAAACAUGUCUUACCAGAUUUUCACGUACCAUCUUGGGAGAGGCGAGACAGGAGGUAUUACCACGAUGAGUUCUCGAGCUCUUACUAUAAUGAAAUUCAGUUUGAGGGUCCUGCUUCCAGUGCUCCCGAUUCAGCAAGUUGCACGAAAAGCACAGUAUGGGAUUUAGUCCCGGGUGUCAAGAAAGAGCUGUACCCUCAUCAGCGGGAGGGCUUUGAGUUCAUAUGGAGAAACAUAGCAGGAGACACCAUAAUCGAGAAACUGAAGCAGACGCUUGCUGAUGAUGCAAGGGGGUGCAUAAUCUCACAUGCCCCUGGCACUGGCAAAACGCGUCUCACAAUAGUGUUCCUGCAGACUUUUCUGAAGCUGUAUCCGACCUGUUGCCCCAUGAUCAUAGCUCCUCGAGGCAUGCUUCUGACAUGGGAGGCCGAGUUCAAGAAGUGGAACUUCAACGUAGUGUUUCACAAUCUAAACAAGAAAGAGCUAUCCGGGAAUGAAAACGCAGUUGCUGGUGAACUUCUUGAGCGAGCUGGGAGUGGAAACUUGAAGCAAGACUGCAUUCGCCUGCUGAAAUUGUAUACCUGGGCGAGAGGUGGUAGCAUUUUAGGGGUCGGCUACCAACUGUUUGAGAGGCUUACUGGAGAAAGAAAUGGGAAAAGAGAGCAACAUGAGAAGAUUAGGGAGGUGCUUCUUCAAAGGCCAGGCCUUUUAGUGCUUGAUGAAGGGCACACGCCUCGUAAUGACAAGAGUCAGAUAUGGCAGGUCUUGGCAAAAGUUUCGACUCAGCGACGUAUAAUCUUGUCAGGCACUCCAUUCCAAAACAAUCUCAAGGAGCUAUACAAUACUCUCUGCGUGGUUGAUCCAAAGUUUGUAGAUGCGGACAGAGCAUGGAAGAAUAAUUACGGUAGCUCAUCUGGCAUAAAAAGGGGUAGCGUGUUGGAGCUGAAGGACAAGCUCAAACCAUAUAUUCAUGUGCACAAGGGAACUGUGCUAGAGGAAAGCCUUCCUGGAUUGAGGCACACACUAGUGUUCUUGCAUCCAACCAAGUCUCAACAGACACUGCUGAAAAGUGCUUGCAAAGAGAUGAUAAUAUUUCAUAGGAUUCGGAUGGUAUCCCUAGUCUCCGUUCACCCUUCAAUAAAAGCAGUAACGGAGAGGUACUCCACUAGAAAAGAAGAGAUCACAACGGAUAUUGAUGCAGGCGUGAAGGCAAGGUUUCUUUUUAAGCUUAUACAUUUUGCUGAUGCACUCGGUGAGAGGGUGCUGGUCUUCAGCCAGUUCAUAGACUCUCUUACCUUCAUCAAAGAGCAGCUUGAGUCCAUUUUCUCUUGGAAUGAAGGAAGGGAAGUGCUAUACAUGGAUGGACAGCUGGAUGAGAGGAAACGCCAAGAAUCCAUAUCUUGCUUCAAUGAUGAAACGAGUGAGGCGAAGGUGCUUCUUGCAUCGGAGAGAGCUUGCUCGGAGGGUAUUAAUCUGACAGGGGCUUCCAGAGUUGUGCUACUGGAUACUGUGUGGAAUCCUUCAGUGGAAAAGCAAGCAAUCUGCAGGGCUUACAGGCUUGGACAGAAGAAAGUCGUGUAUGUAUAUCGCCUAUUUACAUCUGACAUUGAGAUCAGGCAAUAUGCACUGCAGAAUCGCAAAGACCGCAUAUCACGGUGGCUGUUCUCUCUUGGUGAAGGACAGAGUGAAAAGACAGUCGCGGAAGACAAGCUUUUGGAAGCCAUGCUUAAUCUUGAAAACUUCAAGAAUAUAUUUGACGAGAUUAUUUCCCAACCAAAGGAAUCCGACCUCAUCAGAUGGCUGGAAGUGCAGAAGUAGAAAGCACUCCAUUCCACUUUGCUGCUGCUAUUCAUUUUGUUUGGCUUCAUUGUGAUAUAUAUGCGAAACCAUGCUAAUUUUUUUGGUGAAGUUAAUAGGAGAAUCUUUCUGUUAGUGAUAGGCUUAGUGGUUAAAUGCAGUGUUUGGUAUGAAGCUGUCUCUUGCUAUUGUGUUGAAGUUAGAUUGUGAUUUGUUGUUGGAUGCAUGUUUGCUGCUGCUUCUUAUUGUGACUGUGAUCUCACUAGCUGUGUAGUUCCAAACACAAAAUGUUGGCAGUUGAGUUAUUGAUUUAGGCAGAUGUGCAUUAUUUUCAUCUA